GACCCUCAGAAACAAAAUUUCCUUACUGUGGAAUCUCAGACUCUGACUGUGAAGUCGUGGCCUCCGCUCUGAAGUGCGACCCCUCCCACCUGAGAGAGCUGAACCUGAGUGGCAACAAGCUGCAGGAUUCAGGAGUGGAGAUGCUGAGUUCUGGACUAAAGAGUCCAAACUGUAAACUGGAGACUCUCAGGCUGGAGCGCUGCAGGUUGUCAGAGAUCAGCUGUUCUGCUCUGAUCUCAGCUCUGAAGUCCAACCCUUCACAUCUGAGAGAUCUGGACCUGAGUCUCAACAAGCUGCAGGAUUCAGGAGUGGAGCUGCUGAGAGAUCUUCUGGAGAGUCCAGACUGCAGACUAGAGACUCUCAGACUGAGGAGCUGCAGUUUGUCAGAGAUCAGCUGUUCUGCUCUGAUCUCAGCUCUGAAGUCCAACCCAUCCCAUCUGAGAUAUCUGGACCUGAGUCUCAACGAUCUGCAGGAUUCAGGAGUGGAGCUGCUGAGAGAUCUUCUGGAGAGUCCAGACUGCAGACUGGAGGGU